AUGACCUUCCACAGCCCCACCUCCAGUGUUGUUGGUGUAGGUCUGACCUGCCAUCUGAGGAAAUCUUACAAAUAUGAUGGCAACAAAGAAGCAGUGAAGCAGUCAUCAGAUACCCAAAAGGGCCACCCAGGCUACACUGAGGAUGAAAUAGUCUCCUAUGACUUUAACAGUGACACUCACUCUUUCACCUUGAAUCCUGGGGUUGGCAUUGCCUUCCACCUUCACACUGUCAAGCUCACCUCUUGGUAUGACAAUGAAUUUGGCUACAGAAAGAGGGUGGUGGACAUUAUGGUUCCUCAGGCCUUUAAGGAAUAG